AAUAUGGUGGACGCGCUGACGCAUGGUUUGUACGGGACAAGGAGAGAGGGGUCUGGCUGCAGAGGAGCUCCAGCGGAGUCCGCUAGAUAACAUUUCUGCAGCCAGUUGAUCUUGAAUAAACCCAACGCAGCGUCUAUUCUUCUUUAUAUAUUAUUAUUACAUCAUUUUAACUCUUAAUUUCCUGUUUUGAAGCCAUAAUUUUGAAAGUCUCAGGCUACAUCCGGCUAAUUCCAGCUAACAUCAGAAACAUAACGAUGGCAGCGGAGACCGAGGUUCAGUCUGAGAUCGAGGUGCUGCAGUCCAUCUACCUGGAGGAGCUGCAGGUGGACAGGAGAGAGGACGGGGGCUGGGAGGUGAGUCUGGUUCUGUAUCCUUCCACAGCUCAGGACCCUGUCUCUCAGUUUGUCCGUCUCACUCUUCGUCUGACCCUCGAUCAGCAGUAUCCCUCGUCAUCUCCAGUCAUCUCCAUCCACAACCCACGUGGGCUCUCUGAUGAUAAACUCAGCAGCGUCCAGAGAUGCCUCCAGGCAGAGGCUCAGUCGUGGCUCGGUUCACCGGUUCUGUAUCAGCUCAUCGAGAAAGCUAAAGAAAUCCUGACUGAAAGCAAUAUUCCUCAUGGAAACUGUGUCAUUUGCCUUUAUGGCUUUAAGGAGGGAGAGACUUUCACCAAGACGAGUUGCUACCACUACUUCCACUCGCACUGCCUCGGCCGCUACAUCAGCCACUCUGAGCGGGAGCUCCGGCAGAGGGAGAAGGAGCUGAUGGAGGAUAAAACCAGAGAUGGAAGCAGCUGUCAGGAGCUGACGGUGGUGUGUCCCGUCUGCAGAGAGCCUCUCACGUAUGACGUCAGUCAGCUUUUAUCAUCUCCUGCACCAGAGCUGCCUGAGCUUGAUCAGGCAGCGAUCGGCUCAGACUUUCAGAGGAAGUGGGUGGAGCUCCAGAAGCUUCUGGAGAAGCAGAGGUGCAGCGGUGGGGUCAUCAACCCUGAGGAGGAAUCCAACCGCUUCCUGAUCCACAUCCAGGAGGCUCCUCCUGAGGCUGAAAGUGGAAACCCGGAGGUCGAUGCUUCUGCUGGCCCCCCAGUGUUCUCCUCCUCUAAUGAUUCUGCCAUCCGAGCGGAGCACUUUGUUCCUGGACUGUCCCACUUUAGUGACUUUCGGGCCCAUAGGUAUCGGAACCAGGCGAGGGGACCGAGAAGAGGAGGAAAGCCCAAACCCCAUUCAGGGCAGGGUGCCCCCAUCACAGAGCAGUUGGAGCAGCUCUCUCUGUCGUCAGACUGCUCUGAUCACUCAAAGAUGAUCAGAGUUCAGGAAGACGGCGGCCGACAGAUGCAAAGACACCCAGAGUCCUGUCGGACCAGAACGGGUCAGAAACCACAGAAGCAGGUUGAUCCGAAUCAUCUGUCAGCUUCAGAAACUGACGACCCAAAAGAUGGAGCCAACUCUGGUAGCGGCUGGGGUCAGCGAGGGAGAAGAAGGGGCCCCUACCGGCCUGCCCCACAUUCUGGGGCCCCUGGACCUCCACAGCAGCACUGGGACAGCCGGACCAGAAGCCGAGGAGGCGCGCCUCGGCGGGGCCAUUACGCCAGGGGCCUCCUACAGAAAGUGGUGGAGAGGGGGAGAGAGGAGGUGGUAUGACAAAGGGUGACAGGAGGGUGGACGAACACAAGAAGGUGUGCCUCCAUCAGAUUCAAGCCCUGCAACAGAAAGGACUCUCAACGUAGUCUCUUAUGCUCCUGUUUGUUCCCAUCAUGCCGCUGUCUCAGACGCACUUUCAUAUUCGCUGAAGUUUUGUCCAGGUGGUUGCUGCUUUGUGAUGUGAUGCCAAAUGAGUUAAAGAUCUACACAUUAAAUUUCCUCUGGAUGUCGGUA